AUGCUAGCUUCUCUGCUGCGUCCAAAAGUACGGCGCCAGCAGAUUGAACAGACUCCCUUUUCCUACUCGUCUCCUUUGGCGCCCAGCGACAGCUCUCCAUGGUUUCGAGCGGCCGGCCGUCGGGGCGCGCGACGCGUGCGACGGGACAGAGAUAGCGAGGAUGAACGCGCACCGGAGCUUGAAGAGAUUGACGAGAACAUGGACCAAGAUUGGAUUGGAGACGAGGAUGAAGAGGAUCAUGAGGAAGAUGGUCCUCUCGAAUCUACUCCGCUUCUCCCCAUAUUCUCUGCGUCGCAUCUCGGUAGGUCUUCACCCCCCGUCGUGUCGAGUCGAGCCAUUUGGGGAACCCCAAGUCUAACGAGGAUUAAACUUUCUCAUCUCUUAGAUGCCCUCCCCGUGUACAAUAUCACACAUGCUAUCCGACCAUUAAUCGCCUCCCGAUGUGAAACCACGUUGACCUGGGACCAGCUGCGUUCCCCGCAGGUGUCCCAAUUCCUGGUCAAGCCCAUUCAACAGAAGCUCAUGUCCGCGCACUUCUCACGAGCCACCCUCUAUGCCCUGAUGGCCAACUGCUUGCAAUUCGAAAAGGAGAUACAUCUCAACCUUGGAAACAGCGGUGCUAGUCAGACUCGAGCUAUGGUCAGCGAACUGCUUGCGAUUAAGCUGCUGAGGGAAUACACAACCAGAGACUUGAUCGAUGCUCUGUCGUACGAGUUCUACCCCCUCCAAGGUCAAGAUCCCACUACGGUAUGGGCGUCGGGUCUCCAAGGGAAGAGACUGGCGGGCACGGGCCGUGUCUCCUGCCUCGAGGUGGCCAUUCGAGCCCAGGCGAAGCGGUUCCUGGCCCAUCCAGUGGUAGUGCAGCAACUAGAGGCGAUCUGGGCUGGAACAAUUGUCUUUCAUUCCGCAGCCGAUCAUCUGCACCGACGGGCUCAUCAAACUGCCGUGCGUGGUGGAAUAGGCUAUGGAACAUCGACGGAUGACCAGGGCGACCAGCGACCUUCGUCAGGAAGCCCGACGUUCCGUCGAUCAGUGACCCUCUACAACCCGCGAGAUGCUUCACUGUUCAAACUCUCCCGAUUACGAGUACCGCGCUAUCGCCAAUUCCUGUCCACGCUUUCAUUUGCGGUACUGCUAGGCCUCUUUCUGGCAGUUCUUGAACAACGCAGUCGACAGAUUACAUCUCUCGAAGUCGUCUUCUGGUUCUGGAGUGCGGGCUUCAUGCUCGAUGAGAUUGUUGGAUUCAACGAGCAGGGCUUCAGUCUGUAUCUGAUGAGCUUCUGGAAUUUAUUCGAUUUGGGUAUCUUGCUACUUCUGGUCUGCUACUAUUGCCUGCGGAUCUACGGAACCUUUUUGACCUACCCGAGAAAUCGCCAAGUCGCCAAUCAGGCAUACGACGUUCUGGCUGCCAAUGCGGUGCUCCUGUUCCCUCGCCUCUUUUCGAUCCUUGAUCACUACCGCUACUUCUCGCAACUGCUGAUUGCGUUCCGUAUCAUGGCAUCCGACCUAAUUGCGGUCUUCGUUUUAAUUGUCAUCGCCUGUAGUGGUUUCUUCGUCGCCUUCCUGUCCUUUGGGUCAGACAACUCACCAAACACCGUGGCCUUCGGCUUGUUCCAGAUGCUUAUGGGCUUUACCCCAACCGCGUGGGCAAUGUGGGAUGAAUACAAUGUGCUCGGCAAGAGCAUUCUGACAGUCUUCCUCUUCAUCUGUCACUUCGUGGUCGUCACUAUUCUUAUCACCGUCCUCACAAAUUCCUUCAUGAGAAUCGUUCAGAAUGCCAAUCAAGAGCACCAAUUCCUAUUUGCUGUCAACACAAUCUCGAUGGUCAAAUCAGAUGCUCUCUUCUCUUACGUGGCCCCGACCAACAUCAUCGCCUGGCUAGUCACGCCGUUUAGGUAUCUCAUGCCAUUCCGCCAGUUUAUUCGAUUGAAUCGGACGAUCAUUAAGAUCACUCACCUCCCGAUUCUAUUCACAAUCUGCUUCUACGAAAAGAUGAUCUUGAGCUCCCGGGUAGUCGAGCCGACGGACCUUGUUGAGCCGACCUCCCUUACGGAGCUCUCUAGGCAAGCCGAGCCAUGGCGACCAACUCGGUUCCGCGCCUUUAGCAAUCGGGGCCGUCUCGUGCGAGAACCCUCCGUUGCAACAUAUCAGAAAGAUCAGGUGCUCGAGGAGGUGUUCCGACGACCGUUCGGAGACAAACGGUUACGCGAGCACCCAAGCAGCAUCCGCGAUCGCCAGAAAAGCACCGUCAUCAAAGAUUGGAUGCAGGAGAUCGGCUCCGGCCCUGCUCAUACCCCAGAUGAGCAGGAUUCGGCUGCAGGUGAUCUUCUAGAAAUGCCAGUCCGGCGCUUGCGGUUCCCAUUCCGGAAGUCCUUGGCAGUUCAUGGACGUAACUUCACAGAGACCACUCGCUCAGUAGCAUCCAACCCUGAAGAUCGGACCAGCCGUAUGGCCAGCCCUGUUUUCAACCGCCACACUCGAGAAUCAAUCUCGCCCAGUCGCACGCGACAGCUCUCUCAUCACACUGAUAUGGAAGGUGAUGAUGAGCUUACCAGCGAUGACGAUCACGAGUCCCAAGACAAGCAUUCCGAUAAGGGCUCUGGUAGUGACGAUGAAAGAAAACGAGUUGUCAGCAGUGAGAAAACCACCCCGAAAUUCUACAGCUCUCGGCCAUCAACGGCACGAAUCAUAUCCCGUCGUGCCAGUCCCACACGCCGCCCAAAACACAGUCGAACCGUGUCGGGAGCCACCAUGCUUUACAAUCCCAUCGGGUCGCCAAACCUGGGGACCGAGGGACAGACCACGCCUCCAAGAGAUGAUAAUAACUCUUCAGAAGACGAGGAUCGUCUGCCGUUCAUAUCUACAUCCGUGGACCAGGGCACGAUCAAUCGGGCAGCCCUUGCCCGCAAUCUGAGCUUGAACCGAAUGUCAGUCCCAGAGACUGACGGGCUUUACCUGUCAGAUCGACCUAUCUCAAAGCGCCGCCAACGGUCGCUGCUGUUCGACCUUGGAUCCGACCUGGGCGACAACAAGGCCGUCGCGGGUGCCUUUGGCGGUGCUGUCCCCUCCAGCUUCAAUACCCAGCUGGCAUUUGCCACAGGAGGUCUCCGUCGUGACGGGCCUAGUCAGGCCCAAACCCAAGAUAUGCUGAGCAAGCUCGUUCUCGCUCGCAUGAAUAAUAUCGAAGAGGGUUUCCGGGAGGUGAUCAAAGAAGUCAAAGAUCUCCGUCUCGCCGGGUCCAGCCGCAGUCGUAGCCACAGCCGUAGUCGGCCCAAGGAGAUUCGACCCCUCACUCGGGAUAAGAAGAAAGUUGCGGAGAAGAAGGAUUCCAAAAAGCGAAGACCUAACUCUUCUGAAGAAAACCAGGCGGGACCCGACGAGCGUGACGGACAGCCGGCCAACGAGUCCCACCAGCCAGACAAUACUGAGUAA